CGAAGCUAAGCUCUGUCCUCAUGGCUGGGAUCUUCUACUUUUCUCCUGCUUUGCUCUGGGCAGCUCAGAUGCUACUGGCUGGAUGUCAUGCUGCCGCCCGUUUUGAGACUCUCCAGUGUGAAGGACCAGCCAGCACCCAGGAGGGCAUGUGCCGCCCCGAGGAUGACUUCAUGGACCCAAAGGAAGUCAACUUCCAGGUCAAGGGCUUCACGUUCAGUGAACCCUUCCACCUGAUCGUAUCCUACGACUGGCUGAUCCUCCAAAGUCCAGCCAAGCCUAUAUUCGAAGGAGACCCUCUGGUUCUGCGCUGCCAGGCCUGGCAAAACUGGCCACUGACCCAGGUCACCUUCUACCGAGACGGCUCAGCCCUUGGCCCCCCCGGACCUAACAAGGAGGUCUCCAUCACUAUGGCGCAAAAGGCCGACAGCGGACACUAUCACUGCAGCGCUGUGUUCAGGAGCCCUGGUCCUGGGAGCCCAGAGACGGCAUCUCCUGUGGCUCUCACAGUUCAAGAACUGUUUCGAGCCCCAGUUCUCAGAGUCACACCCUCAGCUGAGCCCCAAGAGGGGAAGCCAGUGACCCUGAGCUGUCAGACAAAGCUGCCCCUGCAGAGGUCAGCUGCCCGCCUCCUCUUCUCCUUCUACAAGGACGGCAGGACAGUGCGAAGCAGGGGCCCCUCUUCCGAAUUCCAGAUCCCCGCCGUGUCAGAGGCACACUCUGGGUCCUACUGGUGUGAAGCAGCCACUGAGGACAAUCAAGUUUGGAAACAGAGCCCCAAGCUGGAGAUCAGGGUGCAGGGUCCCUCCAGUUCCGCUGCACCCACUAUCUUGACUCCAGCUCCUCAGAAACCAGAUGCUCCAGAAACUACUUCUACAAAGCCCCCUGGGCCACUGCCUCCACUUCCCACCCCUUCUUCUAAGGAUGCAGACUCCUUUUCCCCUCCGCAAGGCCCAGACCCUCAUCUGUAUCACCAGAUGGGUGUUCUCCUCAAGCAGAUACAGGAUAUGAGAGUUCUCCUUGGUCACCUGGUCAUGGAGCUGAGGGGCUUGUCUAGCCAUCUGAAGCUUGAGACCGCAAAGGGUCCUGCCAAGCAUGAAUAA